AUGAGGGCGGUGAGGGGAUCCGUGGUUUCGUCAAGGCCGAUCUCCAUCUCCAAGGCGGCGGCCAUCCUCGCCCGCUUCGCCGCUGCUAAGACGGGGGCCCGGCCGGAGACCGCCGCCUACCUGAGGCGCGCCUCCACCGCCUUCGACGAGCUCGUCCAGUUCCACCGCGAGAUCAAGGCCGUCCGGAGGAGAACCGAGUUCGAUGCCCCGAGGAAGGAGGACGAGGACAGCGGCAGCGAUGGCUUGAAAGAGGAGAAGAAGAGGAGGGGGAAGAAGAAAAAGGAGAAGGCUGGGAUGGAAGACGGUAAACUGCGUGGAGAGAUUGGCGCCGUGGAUGGUAGGGAUUCGAUGGAGGAUGAGGGAAACAGUGGAAGAGGAGUCGGAUUGGAGUUGGAGGAUAGGAGAGAUGGGAAGAGAAAGAAGAAGAAGAGAAGGAGGGAGACCGAGGAGGGGGACGAGGGCAAUCUUGAGAGAAAGGAGGAGGAGGUGGACGAGGAAAGGCAUGGGCAAAGGAGGAAGAAGAAGAAGAAGAAGGAUAACGGAGAACGAGAAGAGGAAGGAGUUGGAGUCGGUUUGGAUGGUGAGGGAAGGGAUGGAGAUAGGAAAGAACGAAGAAGGUUGGACAACGAAAUCGAGUGGCGCAAGAAGAAGAAAAAGAAGAAAAGGAAGGAAAUCGAGAAAGAGGAUUAG